AGGGCGGGCGGUUCCGCGCCGCUAUUGGCUGGGCGGGGACGCGCGCGGGGGCGCGCGGACUGGCGGGCGGAUGGCGCGAGCGGAGGCGGCGGCCGCCACGUUCGAGCGGCGGGUGCUGCGGGGGGCGGCGGAGCACCAGUACCUGCACGUGCGGCUGGAGCUGCCGGACGGCGGGGCCCGGCCCAGCGUCGCGCAGUUGAAGCAGCUGGUGGUGUCGGCGCUGCGGGAGCUGCACGGAGAGGUUGGAGCAGCUUUGCCUGUUGAUAUCUUGACAUAUGAUGAAAAAACUCUGUCUGCCAUAUUAAGAGUUAUUAGCAGUGGCCUUGUGAAGCUGUGGAGCGCUCUGACGUUGCUGGGUUCCUACCAGAACAGGAGGUGUGCGUUUCGCGUGCUGCAGACAUCUCCAUUUCUUCUUGCGUUAGCUGGGAACAGCAGGGAACUCGUCUUGGACUGAACGCGGUUGUUGGUUUGGCUGUACAAAGCAGAUGUUGCUUGGGAUGUUGCAGCCCUUCAGGUACGGAGUUUCUGCAGGGGGUUUCCGACAAAGAGCCCUGACAAAGCUGACAGACAUCAACUCACUGCUUGGACGUCCUGUACUUCAGAGUUUACACGUAAAGGUUGGAGACAAAGCUGAACUUACCAAAGCUUUUACACAGAGUGAUGUUGUUACUUUUUCUGAUUUAACAGGUGACACAAACCCUUUGCAUUUAAAUGAAGAUUUUGCAAAGAAAUCUAGGUUUGGGAGAACUAUUGUGCAUGGAGUUUUAAUCAAUGGACUUAUUUCUGCAGUUCUGGGAACUAAAAUGCCCGGUCAAGGUUGUGUGUUUCUUUCUCAGGAGAUCCGAUUUCCAGCUCCUUUGUAUACUGGAGAAGAAGUCGUAGCUGCAGCGGAGGUUAAACGACUGAAGGGUUCUAUUGCACACAUUUCAGUGUUGUGUAAAGUCAAAGAAAGUGGAAAGACUGUAAUGGAAGGGAUGGUGAAAGUCAUGGUGUCAGACAGUGGGAGCUGUUGAUCCUGUGCUGCUUUGCUAUAAAGGCCAGAAAUGUG